AUGCUGACCUUUAAGAAAACUGUUUGGGGCUUUACACGAAUACUCCCCUCCAGCCGUGACAGCCCAGGCUAUGGACGUGAGCAGAGCCUGUCCUACCACUGCCUUGCAGAAAGCAGCCAAGUCCCCAACGAACAGCAGCUACCGUGGCCCCAGAACCUGUUCGACUCCGGCGGCAGCCCUGCUGCAGGCUGGACCCCCGGACUGAGAGGGCUUGGCGCCCCGGACCCAGGACCCCGAGCUCGCGGCCAACGGCUCCGGACGCGUCAGCACGCGGGCCUCGCACCCUGCGGCCUCCCCGGGCGGCGCGGCAGGCGGCCGAGGCUCAGAGGGCCCCGGCGGAGCCCUGGCGUAGGGAGGGUCCCAGGGUGGGCGGCGCGCCUGGCGCCUGUUUUCCUGCACAAUUACAGUUCCACCGGGAAGGAAAAACAGCGGUCGUGCCCUCCUCUGGUCUCCGAUUGCCAGCGUCCCCAGAAAAAGCAAGCCUCUCAUUCACCUAAAAGCCCCUUUCAACAGUCCCCGAGCCAGCAAGGCGGAGGGCCCGGGCCCCGCUCCCCGACCCCCGGCCCCCGCGGUCCCCUGUCGCCGCCCUCCGCCCCCUGCGCUCCCAGCUGCGCCUCCUGCCGUCACCCCGGCUGCCCGCCGGACACCGCCCGGCUUACCCCUCCCCCGCCGGCUGCCGGCCCCUCCCCCACAGCCCCCUCCCCAACCGCCUCCGCCGGCCCCGCCCCUCGCGCGGGAGGUCUGGGCGCGACGUCCCCGCGGCUCGAGCGCGCCUGGCGGCCCUUCCGGGUGCGGCUGCUCGGAACCAGCGAGCCGGCGCGCUGCGGCACGGACCCGCGGGCUCCGAACCGGGCCCGGAGCCCCCAGCCCAGUGUUCUCCCCGCCUCUCCCGGAGCCUCGCCCCUCGCCGCAGCCCCCGGCCUCGGGUUCCCGCCCCGCGCACCGGGUCCGCACGGCCGGCGUGCGGGCAGCGCCCUCCCCUCGCGGUCCUCCGGUCUUCCUCCCCCUGCCCAUCCAUCCUCUGCCCGCUCGGCCGGGGCGCUGGGCUGUGUCCGCGGACCCGGCGGCAGGAAGCCUCGUCCGCACGACCCUCAGAGACCUGAGCACUGGUCCGGCAGGAUGGCCAUCCGCGUGUUCGUCGCCUCCUCCUCGGGCUCCGUGGCGAUAAAGAAGCAGCAGCAAGAUGUGGUUCGGUUUCUGGAAGCCAACAAGGUGGAGUUUGAGGAAGUGGACAUCACGAUGUCCGAGGAGCAGAGGCAGUGGAUGUACAAGAACAUCCCCCCGGAGAAGAGGCCAGCGCAGGGCAACCCUCUGCCCCCGCAGAUCUUCAAUGGUGACCGGUACUGUGGAGAUUAUGACAGUUUUUUUGAAUCAAAGGAGAGCAACACGGUCUUCUCAUUCUUAGGCCUGAAAUUGCAGCUGGCCUCAAAGGGGGAGAAUCAAGAGACAAGACAACUGGUAAAUCCUGUCCUGGUCCCGGUAGCUAGCAGCUGACCAUGGGCCACCCUAGGGAUGGCAGGUGUGCUCCUCGCCUGUGGCCGUCCUCCGCAGGCCCUGAGUAGGGCGG